AUGAAGGAAAGCGUGGCUGUGCUGAAAGCCCAAGUCGACAGCCUCAGGCUGCAGCGAGCAGAAUUUCGUGCUGUGGCACAGGCGCGGCGGCAAGUCGAUGCACCGUUUGCUAACACAGGAGCAGGUUUAGCGGGCGAGGGAGCCGUCAAAGCUGCGUCAGCGGGGACGGCUGCUGACGUGGCCGCCCUGCAAGAGAGGUUCGCCCAGCCGACCCGCGAGCUGCUCAAGUUGAGAUCGACGCCGGUCCCGAUUCCGGUUCCGGUUCCGCCUACGGAGCGCAGCAGCUUGUCACCUGCGGUAGUAAUAGAGAAGGGACCGGAACGGAAUGGUCCAGUGCUUGUCCCGUCGGAACUUCUCCAACGAGAGAUUGCGGACGCGCGGGCGGAGCUGGCUGCCCUCAGGAGCGGAAGCAAGGGGUUUCCGGCCUUAGGAACGGAGCAGAAGGGGCCGGAAUCAGGAAUCGGUCUUGUGAUUGAAAGAGCGGAAGUCAGCAAGGAAGGCCGGUCUUCAGUGCGGUGGGCGGACGGAGAUUCGACGGGAGGCGUCGAGCCGUCGGGAAGUGUUUCCCGCGAAGCAGUGGCGACAGAAAGUCACUCGGGGCAGGCGAGGGGGAUCCCCCUUGGGCCGCUGCUGACGUGGACCGACUUAGCGACCUGUUUGGAGCAGAGCGAAAACGAACCGGGUAGAAGACGCUUGGUUUCAAUGGACGCAGCGACGGUUGGUAGCGGCCGAAGUGGUGCAACCGUGCAAGCAGCGCAGCGCAUGCAUUCGGUCGACAAGUUGCCAAUUAGGAGUGCGAACGGAAAAGCAUGUUCUUCAAGUCAACCGUUUGGUUACGGAAGGAAGUGGGGGCAAUCCAGCGGGACGGCUCCCCUCAGAGCGGCAAAGCCAGCGGUCAAAGUGCCGCUGCAGACAGCUGCCAAAGCGCCAUUAGUGGAUAGGAAAGAGAAGCAGAAUAAAGUCAGGCAACAUCUCCAGAAGAAGAAGCGAGACGGUUUCUCACCUAGUCGGAACUCGAACCGCCGUCGAACAGCCGUCCGGUGGGCACCUAGCGCAGCGCGGCGGGUAAGAUACUCUCCCGGGUACGAUGUGUCCGCACCAGAAGAACCGCAGCCGGACGUCCGGAACCCCCGGAAAAAGCCGCUCGCGCAGGACGUCGGCUGGGAGAUGCUGCCGUCUGGACGAGCGCGCGCGCGUCGCCGACAAUCUGCAGGGCGCCAACGCGGCCGCCCUCGCGGCCCUGGAGCGCGACAAGGCGGAGGCCGAGGCGUCCUUACGUCAGCAGCUGCUGGGCGAGUACGAGGCCAAGGUCGCGGAGCUUCUGGACGCCCUGCGGACGAUGGAAGAGCACGUGGCGACGCCACGUCGCAAAAGUUGGCGGAGCAGGUCGAAGCGCAUGGGAGAGAAGUGGAGCGACUGGACGGGCUGUUGGAAGAGAGCCGGCGAAAGGUCGAGGAAUUUGAGAAUGAGAGUCGAGAAGUCAAGGAGGAGCGGGAAAGGGAGAGAGACGAUGCGCAUUUCGUGAAGAGCACGUUGGCGGCGCGGGACGCGGAAGUGGAGUUGCUAAAGGGCGAAGUGGAAAGCAUCCAGAAAGAGGUGGAGAAACUGAGCGAGGAGCGGACGGUUCGGACGCACGAAGAGAGACUUCGGACGGAAGAGGCGUCCGCGCUGCGUGUGGAGCUGUCCGCACGAAAGGCGGAAGUGGCGCGCCUUGCGGAGAUCCUCGAGAACGCGCGCGCUCAAGCCGAAGGUUUAGGAUUAGGGGCCACGCAGAACGAAGAGAUAGGGUUUGGGGACGCAGGCAGAAACGUCGGAGGGUUUGGGGGUUUGGGCACCGACGGUUUGGCGCUGUUACGGAAGUUGGCGAACGAGAAUGAGGAUCUUCGGAGGCAAUUGUCGCACGGAGAGGCAACGAUACUGAACCGAGUCCAAACCCGGGGGGGUUAA